GGACGUAGCCAAUUUAUUGGUGAACCACGUAAAUCUGUUGUCUUGUUUUUCGCGUUUAUAUUUUCUCGUAUUAUCUCGAAUUCCGCAUGACAUUGACCAUGUUGAAACAUAUAUUGCAGAACAACUUCAUCAAUAUCCAACAUCCUGGCUAGAAAAAUUGCAAAAUCAAAAUCAUAUGCAGGACUAACAAGCAGAUUUGCCACAACAAUUCAAAUUAAUCUUCCAUAUCCACAGGUUGCGGAACUCAGACAAUGGGCCAAAUCAAACGAACAGUUGUUGAUCGCAUACACCAGAAAGAGCAUAACUUCGACAGGGGCUCUUCAGCUUAUUCCUUUUGAAAAUGAGAUCAUAUUAAUUGCCGAUGCACAUCAACAUCUUCCGGUAAGAACACAUGCAAAUUCUGCACAUCAUUAUAUUGUAUGUUACUUCGUACUUCCCCGCAAUCUUCCAGGGCCAAAUAGUUUGUGUAGAAGCGGAAUUUUCUCGAAUGGAUGAAAAUCAACAAUUCUAUAUUUUAGCCUGUUCAACAUGCAAACAAAUCUUUACUAGGCUUUAUUCACGGAGAAGAUUCUAUUGUGCAACUUGCCGCCGUUCCGCAAAUUUUAUUCCAAGAUGUCAAUUUGACAUCACAAUUACAGACAACAGCGGUUCAGAAACGACACUAAUCGCAGACCAACCUGCCGAGACAAUGUUGCAUGUCACUUCAGAAGAGAUCUAUGACAUCCGCUAUACUAAGAAACAAAUGUUGCCUCUUGCAAAUGUGACAAGCCAAUUAGCUGGAAAGACAUUCACCAUCCAUGUCAAAAAGUCAUCUGCCAAAACCAUGGAUGGAACUCCUGGAAAACUAAUCAUUUUGUCAUACGCGGAAAAACAGAACAUCAUUGGCGCACCAUCAUCGCCAACUCCAAUGGACACAGCAGCAAGCAGCAGGUGAAAGGUUGAUAAUCCUAUCACAUACGGAAAAGACAAGCAAAAAGCCACUUCCCAUGGAAGCCAUGCUUCAGAAGCCAAAAAUCCCACUCCAAAACACUAUAGCAAGUGAAAAGCCAUGCCGCCUACAUUUUGCAAUAUAGUUGGAGCCAUUUUGAGUCCUGCAGCAAGCGUAUCCAUUCAAAUCGCUUUCCUCUUCCUAUGUAAAUAAAAUAUGUAAAUCAAAUGUACAUACCUACAUAAUGAAACCUGGCUCCAACACCUAAUACAUAGUUUUUGGUUGUGCCACAGUUAAUAUACUGUCUUCAUAUGCGUGCUUCACUUGUAGCACGGGCCACCAAAUUCUAGUAUAUAUAUAUAUAGAAGAGGGAAUAGCACACGCGUCUCCGUCAACAGGUAUGCUUCCCUGUAAAAACGGCUAAAUUGAAGGGGAUUUAUGUCAUUCUCAAUUUA